AAAAAAAUUAAACAACAAAUAGUGCAAAUUAUAAGCCCACCAUAACGUUUAGAUACUUUUUGUGCAAAUUUUUUUUAUUUUGAGAAAAAACAAAAAGAAAAAAAUAACUAAAGACUCUUAAACGACCUUCAAUAUGGCUUCCAGCAUGCCUACGAUUGAUCAAAUUAAACUUGGACUGAAAAUGGUCGACUUUAAAGUACAACAACGUCGCUACCGUACCAGCGAAAAGACUAUAGUUAGUACAAUUUAUGGUCCCGUAAAAGGAGUUAAACGGAAGUCUAUUUAUGGCCAGUCGUAUUUCAGUUUCGAAAAGAUACCAUUUGCAAAACCACCAGUAGGUGAGUUACGUUACAAAGCGCCACAACCUCCAGAGGUAUGGACAGAAGUAAGAAGUUGCACUUCCAUGGGACCAAAGCCGCUGCAAAAACAUUUUGUCUUUCAAAUGACUGAAGGUUCAGAAGAUUGUCUGUACUUAAAUGUUUACACAAAAAAUUUAAAUCCUAUAAAACCCAUGCCGGUCAUGGUUUGGAUAUUUGGUGGUGGUUUUCAAUUUGGUGAAGCUUCACGUGAUUUAUAUAGUCCCGAUUAUUUAUUACGUGAGGAUGUUGUUAUGAUCUCUAUUACGUAUCGUUUAGGUCCUUUUGGUUUCCUAUGUAUGGAGGAUCCUAGUUUCGGUGUUCCCGGCAAUGCUGGUCUAAAAGAUCAAGUCAUGGCCUUACGUUGGGUUAAAGCUAACUGUGAUCGUUUUGGUGGUGAUUCGAGUAAUAUUACUAUUUUUGGUGAUAGUGCCGGUGGUGCUUCUUGUCAUUAUAUGAUGAUAACAGAACAGACUAGAGGAUUAUUUCAUAAAGCGAUCUGUAUGUCCGGUAAUUCUUUAUCACCCUGGGCUGUAACUCCGCAAAGGAAUUGGCCAUAUCGCUUAGCUGUUGGUGCUGGUUAUACAGGUGAAAAUAAUGAAAAAGAUGUUUAUGAAUUUUUGCGUACAGCAAAGGGUUCUGAUAUUGUGAGAGCAAAUGAAGACCUAUGUAUGGAUGAGGAAAAACGCGAAAGAAUUGGUUUUGCUUUUGGUCCAGUUAUUGAACCUUAUUUAACACCAGAUUGCGUGGUACCUAAGAAACCAAUUGAAUUAAUGCGAACUGCUUGGAGUAAUAAAAUUCCUAUGAUUAUCGGUGGAGUGUCAAAUGAGGGAUUACUUUUAUAUACAGAAACUAAAACAAAUCCAAAACUAUUGAAUGAUUUGGGUGACUGCCGUUUUGUUGUCCCAAUGGAACUUAAUAUGGAUCGUGAUAGUGAACUUUGCAAAGAGUAUGGUCAACAGUUAAGAAAGACGUACUAUGGUGAAAAAGAUCCUAGCUUAGAGACUUUGCAUGAAUAUUUACUGAUGGUCUCACAUGAAUAUUUCUGGUUUCCAAUAUACCGUACAGUAUUAUCGCGCAUGGAGCAUGCUCCAGAUGUACCCACAUUUUUAUAUCGAUUCGAUUUCGACUCUAAACAUUUUAACCAUCUACGCAUAUUGAGUUGUGGAAAAAAAGUACGUGGCACUUGUCAUGGUGACGAUCUCUCCUAUCUUUUUUACAAUUCAGUAGCUCGUAAGUUGAAGAAAACCAGCAGAGAGUACAAAUGUAUUGAAAAAUUGGUCGGCAUGUGGACACAUUUUGCUACCUAUGGAAAUCCAAACUUUGAUCCUGAACUAACCGAAUUAUGGCAACCAUUAACACAUGUAGCUGUUGAGAAACGGCAGCCUAAGUGCCUUAAUAUAUCAGAUGAUUUGAAAGUGAUCGAUGUGCCAGAUAUGAAAAAGUUGAUGAUGUGGGAGAGUUUCUUCGGACGUAAUGAGCUAACAUAGAUAGUUUAUCUGAAAAUCUGCUCUGCUGUUCUGUUUUAUAAUUUAUUGUUAGCUAUAUGGUUCUUAAGUUUUCUUUAAGAACUUGAGCAAAUUGUUUAUUAAGUUAAAGCUAAUAACCUUACGGUUGUCAUUAGAUAAAUUUAUAUUCUAAUCCGUUGAUUUUUUUCUUUUUUUAAGAGUUAGCAUAAUUCGUUAUACUAUAGAUUUAAAAUUAAACGUAAAGCUUUAAAACUUUUAAAGAAACUACGAAAGGAACUAAAUUAAUUUCUAUGAGAUAAAAACUAUUUAACUUUAUAUUCUAGCAAACUAAGUGAUGAAUUGUCUUGUUAAAGUUGUAUAGCACGAAAAAGGUAGAAAAUAUUGCAAUGCAUAAUGUUGAGAUAAAUAAAAUGUGAUUUGUUUAUAAGCAAAUAUCGGUUAGGUAUAGAUCGAGACAUAGUUUUUAGUAUAAAUGAACUAUUUUUUGUCAAACGAAACAAAUUAAACUAAACUUGUUGAAACUAAGCACAAAAUAGCUUAAAUAAAGGGCUUAAAUUAUAGUUUUAAAUUUAAGGAUAAAGAUGAUAUUUAAGAAUGAGAAAUUUUUUUUGAAUUGAAUAAGAAAGUUAUAAGUCGCAACUGAAGUACCUACAGAUAAAUGGAAUUAUUGUAUACUAGGCGUACAAAAUAAAAUAAAUAAAAAAUAAUAAAAUAUAAUUAAAUUAGAUUUGCUUUAAAGCAAUUUUACUAUAUACAUAAUUUAGGAAACUAUGGCUAUCUUCUUCCUUUAGUGCUAUUGUAGAAAUUUAGUUGACUAUUUCCAUAGUUUUAGAUUUGGCUAUUAUUAUUUUAAGAACUUUCGUACUAUCAUUUUAACAAAAACAAACUAUGCAUUGGUAGUUUUCAUGAGUAUCUUCAAUGCGAACUAAUAUAUACCUUUUAUAUUUCCUCAUAAGUAAAUCAAUACUAUACAAAUAAAAAUUAAAUAUCUUCAGCCACGAAAGCAACAACACGCUAUAACUACCACCUUCUGUGUCCAACUUUUCAAAGAUCCUAUUUGUAGCUGAAGAGCCACAGUUUAUGAAAAUGAUAAUACAUAUUCUCCAGUUGUCAUACAAAAUAUACACAUGGUACACAUUUAACUUUAGAGACACAGUCAAGAUACUCGUGAAAUAACUUUAAUUAAUAGUAAAAUUUUAUUAGAAUAUAGCAGACAUAAUAAUUUUUAC